UGAUUUGUGCCAUAAUGUACCAGGAAGGAUGUGUGCUUCCCAGAUAAAUGGGCAAGUUAAGCAUCCCACUUCCAGAGCUGGCUAAUUCCCUUAUGCUCAAGGAGUGACCUGUCGUUCCUGGUGCAUUCUGUGGUGAAUCAGCUCUAGGAGGGAUACGAGAGAUGGCUAUGAAUAUGAAUGGAAAUUAUAUAAGAACAAAGAGGAGGAAGGAAAAAGUCAAUAAAAAUUGUGUGGCAGCUUUGUUGCCAGUGCCACACAUAAAAACAGUGUGCAUGCGGGCAGGAUGGGGGAAUCAGUGUGCCAUGGUAUUUUUAUUCUAUUUAGGUGUGCCUAGGGAUGAAAACGGUUGGGGGGAAACUCACUUCACAGCAGCAAUUGUGAAGUUAAAGGUCUUCUGAAUAUAUAUACAAGGAUACCAAGAAAGAUCAUAUAGCUGAAAACAUGAGCCUCAAGCCAGUAGUUAGGACUGUGGGUUAAGUGCAAUGAAGUUACUGGAACAAGGCUGGUAAUUACUGGCCAAAACAGUGUGUUGCUGUGGGAAUGGGGAGUCAUUACAGGUGGACCUUGCUAUAUGCAGUAUCAUGUAUCCACGAGUGUCUUAAUUGACACCCAACUUCAUUUUCUGCAGAUACAAAAGGGUUGAAACUCACAUCUGUGGUUCCUAGAUGGCUGGAAAUGACCUCAGAGAUAAUUUCUGGCUGCUAUUUUGUCAAUAGGAGCCAUUUUGUGGCUCAUUUGGGGUUAAAAAAAAAAGUAAUUUCCCCCAUGAUUUUUCUUGGGGAAAUUGGGGGUUUGGGAGUUAGGAGGGGCAUUCCUGGACAGCUGGAGGGCCGUGGAACACAGUAGGCCAUUUUGUUUGCCUUUUUUCAUGGGUUUUCUCAUUUUAGGGCCAACCAUCUCAAGGAACCUAACCCCCCCAUCCCAUUGACUUCAAUACCCCGUUAUCCACAGUUCCAUUAUCUCCCUCAGGAUGAAACCCCUGUGGAUAAUGGGGUUCACCUGAACCUGUAUUGGUUGGUAGUCUUUGAAGUGUUUAUAAUGUUUGACUUGCAAAAUUAAAUAUUUUUCUGUUUGAUUUUUUCCUUUUACAUACAAAUCGGGCUUUAAAUAUGUUUGAUUUGAUAAAGGGUCAUGAACUGAGUUUUCAGAGUAAAUGUAGUCUUUUUAAUGUGUGUAUUGAAUUCAGAUUCCAUUUUAAACUAAGAUCUUUAUAAAAGGACACUUACUGUAACAGAACAUUUAACACUUAAAAAAAACCUCAAGUAAAGAAAAUGAUUUUUAUCAGUGGUGCUUCCUGAAGCCCUGCAAAAUAUUUCAAAAGGAACUGAUAGAUAUCCUGGAAUACUAUAUGAGUGUCCUUAGAUUGCCAUAAGGGGAAGUACCUUUCCUGCUUGCCACAAAUGUAGGGCAUUUGUAAAUAAGGUGCAGGACUGGGGUAGUGCAUAUGGUGAGCAAGGUUCAAUGUAGAACUGAGGUCUGGUUAACAAGAAACAACUUUUCUUAGCCUUAGCUGCUGCUGUUUUACAGAAGACUGUUGGAUGUGCACAGAGACACUGUAAUUAUUCCUGGUUGUUUAAAAUAAUGAACUUGAAUUUUAAUGUUUGCUGUGUUCAUAGCCGUAUGGAUGCACUCAUUCAGCUUCAGAUGUGGUAGACUUGGAUUUCAGGUUUUUUAUGACAUCUGAAUUGACCUGCAGAUCACAAAUGCAGUCAUUUGUCCUAAUUUAAUUUCUGGCUUUGCCAUGGAGAUGGAACACUUGGCUUUAGAUGGCUGAUUGUAUUUGGUCAUAAACUUAGAGCCAAGCAGAACAGAUAUAUAGGUUACAAAAUAGUGCAGUGUCAUUCCACAGUCUGUUAAUCUGUUUCAUAAAUAGCUACUGUAUAGUAAGAUGGAGAAAAUGAUGUAGGUAAGGAGAACGUAAUUGUCCUGGUUAGUGUUGGACUAGGACCGGGAAGACCCGAAUUCGAAUCCCCAUUCAAUCAUAAAACUCACGGGGUGACUCUGGGCCAGUCAUGUAUCUCUCAGCCUAACCUACCUCACGGUUGUUUUGAGAAUAAAAAUAAGCAUGGACACCACUCAGAGCUCCUUGAAGGAUGAGUGGGAUAUAAAUGUGCGAAAUAAAUUCUUCAUGGGAAACCUAUUCGCCCAUAUCUACAUACUGAAGCAGUUAUAAUCUUGGAUGGUGCAUCCCUUUUCUUCUUUAUGGAGAUGAGGUUGAUCUGCUCCUUAAGGCAUAAGGAGUUAAAUGUUUGGAUGGUGCUUUGGCAGUGGACUCGAUGCAGUUUUACUACUACUACUACUACAACAAAUACUUAUAUUCGACUUUUCAACAAAAGUGCUCAGACUGCAUAGAAAAAUAAUUAGAUGGUUCCUUAUCCCCAAAGAGCUCACAAUCUAAAAGGAAAUAUAAUAGUUUUAGUUGUCAUAUGCAGAAGAAAGUCCCACUGAGUUCAUUGAGACUUACUCCCAGAUAAGUGUGACUUCAGCCUUACUGUAAAAUAUAUGCAUUUGGUUUAAUCCAGCCAAAGUUAAGUACACUUAGGACCCAUUGUUUUCAGUUGGUGUUUAGUUGUAAAUCAAUAUGACUCAGAGGGGCUUCACUUUAGCUGAAGAGUAUAUCUAUUAUAUUCAGUUAACUAUAUUUUUGUGUGGUGGCUGGUGCUUUAUAAUGUGUGAAGAAUCUUUGCAUUCCACUAAACUGUGGCCUUCUAAUUUCUUGAUCAGAAAUGAACUGACUGGCUGAAUCCUUCAAAGAAGUUGAGGUUGCAAAUGCAUCAGUUCCUGGCUGUCUGGAAGUAGAUCUUCUUUGCCACAGGUGCUGUAACUAAGUGGACCUCAGAACCCCUUUUAAACUAUAGAAGAUAAAGAAAGCAGUCUGAAACCUGAGUCUUCUGGAUCUCUGUGGGGACUAGAUUAGCGAGUGAAGAAAGCCUUUUGCUGCCCUUUACAUUUAACCACCUGCCUUUCUGCCCCAACAUCAGCAAUGGGUUGGCUAUUAAUUUAAUUUUCUUUUUUAAAUCUCUGGGAGGACAGACUGAACCAUGAGUCUGCAGGCUCAGCCAAAGUCUUCAAGCAAGAGGACUGGAAAGAGGAUUGCUUUUCUUAGUGAGCAAGGUGUCCCAGGGAAAGAAGCCCAGCAGCAGCAGCAGCAGCAGCAGCAGCUGAAGGAGAGUCAGUACUAUGGCCAUGGGGGAAAUGUGCCAUCCUCCCAAGCUAUGGAGCUCUCCAAGUUCAGUGGAGUCGCUAGCAAUGCUGCUUUGUUGAACUCUCUUUAUGCUCAAGCUAGAGGUGAGCCAAGGAUGACUCCCCAGCAUUUGGCUGCUGCCAAGUGGCAGAAUUCCCCAAUUGGGAGCCGGUUGCCUGAGCGGAGUGAAGCCAGUUGGCAGCCUCAGCCUGGAGGAUGGAACCACGGGAUGCCUUACGGAGGCAGCCAGAAAGUGGGGCAUCCCAAUAUUGGUGUUGCGGGUUUCUACAGCCAUCCAGAUACCCUGAAAAGAAAUCGGGAGAAAGGUGUGGUGGUGUCGCAGCUAGAUCUGUAUGUGGAUGACGUCCAGCAGAUGAUGUCUCAGAAAGUUCAGUUGGAACAGCAGGCACUGGCCAGGCAGCAAGCCCAAAUCAAUUCUUUUCAGCAGCUGCAGAAGCAGCAGCAGCAGCAGCCACAGAAUCAGACCCUACCUUUGCAGCCUUUCCAGCUUGCCUUUGGCCACCAGGGCCAGAAGCAGGGUCUCCCAGAGUUGUUGCAUGUCUUUCAACAGGCACCUGUUUCUUCCAGCCCAGCUUUUACUGCCCAGCAGAAGCCACAAGCUCUUCCACAGUUGCAGUUGUUUGAAAACUUUUAUCCACAGCAACAGCAGCAGCAGCAGCACCAUCAUCAUCAACAACAGGCAGCUGUGCAAGCCUUUGGCAUUCAGCAGCCUGUCUCUGUAGCACAGCCUCAUAUGGCAGAACCGUCCCAGCCCUCUCAGCACCAUAUGGCUUCACAUCAGUUCCACCCUGUUCCUGAGAGGAACCAGGAGCUGCUGAAGGCCCUGACAGAACAGAACUCGCAAACUGUGCUACCUCAGGCCCAGAUCCCUCUCCCAAGGAGAUCACGGAGACUCUCCAAGGAAGGUGUUCUCCCAGUGUCUUCUGCAGAGGAAGCAUUGGAGUCCAAGCCAGCGGAGGAGUAUCCUGGCAAUGUGUUGCCCCAUCACUGGCAAGCACAGCAACAUCCAGAAGUCCAAUUUCGACAUCCUCCUGAAACGUUCGGUCACAACAAGGAAAGUUAUUCACAACAGAACAGAGUAGAGUCUGGACCUGGGGAGGGGCCGGCUGGAGGUCAGUCAAACCAGGCUGAAAUGGAGAAAGUGAGGGCAUACGAGAAUGCCAGAGAGGGAAUCAAGCACAUGCCUGUAACUGAUGGCCUUAUGCAGAGGGCUAAUGACUUCGGGGUUAGAGGUGGUGUCAUUCAGAGCACUCGGAGACGGCGACGCAUUUCUCAAGAAGCCAACCUGCUAACUUUGGCUCAAAAAGCUGUGGAGCUGGCUUCUCUUCUGGAUGUCAAGGAACCAGAAACUUCAGAAGAAAAGAACAAGAGUGACAUGGCAGCAACAGCACCCCGGAGCGUUGUAGAAUUUGCCGGCUCUUCACCAGCCCCAAAGAGAACACGAGAGGAUAGCAACCUCAUGCCUCUCAUCAUUCCUGUGUCUGUGCCAGUGAUGAGGCUGGACCCCCAAGAUGUUGGACGGGACAACGGUGAGGAUGGAAAGCUGCAGCGGUUCAUAAGCAAUGACCGUGGUCUUUCUGAAAGCAAGCCUUCUGUUAUAGUCACCCGAAGGAGGUCCAAUCGCAACUUGAACAUGGAUAUGUUAGCUCAGCAUGAAAGUGCGGCUCCAAAAGAAGAAAUGGAGGGAUUUUCCCGGAAACCAAAGCAACGGCCCAGACCAGAGCCUCUCUUCAUACCACCAAAAGCUGGCACUUUUAUUGCUCCCCCGGUCUAUUCCAAUAUCACACCAUACCAGAGCCACUUGCGCUCACCGGUCCGCCUGGCAGAUCACCCUUCUGAUCGGAACUUUGAGCUACCUCCUUAUACUCCCCCACCCAUACUCAGCCCAGUGCGAGAGGGUUCAGGACUGUACUUCAAUGCUAUCCUGUCUGCUAGUGGCAGCUCGGUUCCACCUCCCAUCACUCCUAAAAGAACUCUACUCAGAUCCAAUAGUGCAGAAGUUACCCCUCCUGUCCUUUCAGUAAUGGGAGAGGCUACACCUGUCAGCAUCGAACCACGGAUCAAUGUGGGGACCCGGUUUCAAGCAGAAAUCCCACCUCUUAGAGAUCGCUCUCUGGCAGCCUCUGACAAAGCUAAGGCAGAGUUGGUGUGGCAACCAUGGGACAGACUUGAAACAGACACAUCUACCCAAGAGCAUGUUGAAAACCUGGUAACUGCUGCUUGCUCAAGUAUAUUUCCUGGAGGUGGUACCAAUCAAGAGCUGGCAUAUCACUGUCUACAUGAAGCAAAAGGAAACAUUCUGACUGCUCUGACCAAAUUGCUGCUGAAGAAGUCUGUGCGAUUGUCAAACCACCCCCUGGCAAAUUAUCACUACACAGGAUCAGAUAAGUGGAGUGCGCUUGAGAAAAAGCUCUUCAAUAAGGGCCUUGCCAUCUACAAGAAAGAUUUCUUCUUGGUUCAGAAACUUAUAAAAACCAAAACGGUGGCCCAAUGUGUUGAAUUCUAUUAUACAUUCAAAAAGCAAGUGAAAAUAGGCCGGAAUGGGACUUUAAUCUUUGGGGAUGCUGAUGCAGCAAGCGAAAGAGCUUUUAAAGAUGAAGCUGAAGUAGAUAUCAAGAGCUCCCAUAGGCUUACACGUACUCUUCCUCCCCGAACAUACAAUGAAGAUUAUGAAAACACUGAUGAUGAAGAGGAAGAAGAAGCUGAGGAAGAAUUGACUGUGAAAAAGGAAGCAAUAGAAAAGGAGGAACUGCAAGACAAGCACAGCAGCACAGCACUUCCCAAACCCACACAGAAUCUACACAGUGAGAAUCCAGCUGGCAGCCUCCUCCCAGAAAAGCACCAGGAGCCCAGUGCUCCUCGAGGGACAGAAGCUAGAGGUAGAGCUUCAAAGAGGACAAAGGAGAUGCCUAUUAAAUAUCGAAAGAGUUCUCCACCUGCACAGAAGAGAAGACGGAAGCCAAAGCCUAAACCAGACACCACCAACAAAACCCAGAACCAAGAGGAGGAAUUUCCAUGCAAGAAAUGUGGCAGAAUCUUCUACAAGGUGAAAAGCCGCAGCGCACACAUGAAGAGCCAUGCUGAGCAGGAGAAGAAAGCGGCAGCUCUGAAACAGCGGGAAAAAGAGGAGGCGGAGGCAGAAGCAGCUCGCAGCCGGGCGCAGCGCGAGGAAAGCAGGGACACUGGAAGCACUAGUGGGAGCAGCAGCAGCAGCUCCGAUGACGAUGUAGACGUGUAGCAAAGAGCCUGAGGAAGCUGAGAGUACAGUCAAGUUGCAGCCUCUGACUUGUGAUAUCUUUGCAUCUGUACAUGUACCGUUGCCCAUUUAGACAGACUCCAGCCCUCCUGCUUCCUCACUUGCCUUGGUAACACAGAUUGUGUUGAACUGGUGGGAUUUUUUUUUAAAGUGUAACCUUGAAAUGUCUAUUUUUUAAAGAGAACCAAAAUUUUAUGAAUUAUUUUUUAUUUAUAAAUAACUAUUGCAGUAGAUAACAACUAUUGAGGCGGGGGGGGGGGCGGGGCGGUGGAUUCAGUUUCUCUUCAGUUCAAACCAACCAUCCUUGUGCUUGCCAGGAAUUACAGUAGGGAGCCUUGGGCAUGGCAUGCAUACCCAUGCAAGAUAAAAAUCUGCGGGGGCAUCUAGAUAUUGACACCAGUGACUGCGAAUUUUCUUGUGUAGCGUCAAAAAUUUUCUUCCAGUUACUUCCUUUUCCCAACUUCUGGUUUUCUUUGAAGUUCAACGCUUGCUGCUGGUCUCAAUCCAUCUAGUUAGAGGUUCAACAUAUAGAUUUUUUUUCCCUUUUGUCAUAUGAUAUGAAGAAUUAUUUUUCAGACUAACGCAUUUUAAAAUAAUUUCUUAAUUUCUAAAAUGCUCUGUAGGCUGAGGACUGUGGUUGCUCAAGAAAUUAGUCUAUAAAUUUGUUUCCGAAAACAUCCAGUAUUCUGCACAAAAAUACAUGAAUUGGCUGGUUCAGAAACUUCUAAUUAUGCAAAUGUUUUAUUUGCAUGUUUUAAUUGUUGAAAUUGGGUUUUACUUGCUCUUAAAGAAUUGAGACAUUUUAAGACAAAUCAAGGGCUCAGAACAGUGGAAGAAGAGGCAUAUCACCUUUCGCUGUUAGCAAAUGCAGGUAGCAUACUUUUAGUUGCUUCUUUAAAAACCAUGAGGGACAUGGUUGGUUUUGUACAUCAUGAAAAUUGGAAUUUUUAGAAUCUUGGAAUGCAUUGCUUUCUGAAUUGACAGCUGUAUUGAACAUUUCACAGUGAAAUUGUGUCACAAGCCCCUGGUUUCUGGAGGUAUAUAUUUAUCUUUGGAUUUAAAUCUCUGUUUCUCAGUACCACUAGCAUCUGAUGGACAGAUGAGGAGUGUGAGACUUUUGCUAGGAUGAGGCUACUUGGCUAAUUCCAGUAAACCACAGCAAGAUUCCUGUGGCUCAGCUGUUGAAGUGUGAGCCCCACUAAUAACUGGAGACAUUCUGAGAGCUGAGCUACAGGAUCAAUAGAAUCCUAUAUUGUGCAGGUCUUACAGGACAAUAUUAAGAACAUAAGAACAGCCCUGCUGGAUCGGGCCCACGGCCCAUCUAGUCCAGCAUCCUGUUUCACACAGUGGACUACCAGAUGCCACUGGAAGCCUACAGCAGGAGUUGAGGGCAUGCCCUCUCUCCUGCUGUUACUCCCCUGCAACUGGUACUCAGAGGCAUCCUACCUUUGAGGAUGGGGGUGGCCCUCCAACUAGUAGCCGUUGAUAGACCUUUCCUCCAUGAAGUUAUCCAAGCCCCUCUUAAAGCCAUCCAGGUUGUUGGCUGUCACCACAUCUUGUGGCAGAGAAUUCCACAAGUGGAUUAUGCAUGUGUGAAAAAAUACUUCCGUUUGCUGGUCCUAAAUUUCCCAGCAAUCAAUAUCAUGGGGUGAUCCCUAGUUCUAGUGUUAUGUGAGAGGGAGAAGAAUUUCUCUCUAUCCACUUUCUCCACUCCAUGCAUUAUUUUAUAGACCUCUAUCAUGUCUCCCCGCAGUCGUCUUUUUUUUCUAAACUAAAAAGCCCCUGGUGUUGUAGCCUUGCCUCAUAAGAAUGGUGCUCUAGGCCCCUGAUCAUCUUGGUUGCCCUCUUCUGCACCUUUUCCAGUUCUACAAUGUCCUUUUUUAGAUGUGGUGGCCAGAAUUGCACACAGUACUCCAGGUGUGGCCGCACCAUCGUUUUGUAGAAGGGUAUUAUAAUAUUAGCCGUUUUAUUUUUCAAUCCCCUUCCUAAUGAUCCCUAGCAUGGAACUGGCCUUUUUCACGGCUGCCGCACAUUGAGUCGACACUUUCAACGAGCUGUCCACCACAACCCCAAGAUCCUUCUCCUGGUCAGUCACCGACAGCUCAGAUCCCAUCAAUGUAUACUUGAAGUUGGGGGUUUUCAUCCCAGUGUGCAUCACUUUACACUUGCCAACAUGAAAGCUCAUUUGCCAUUUUGUUGCAUUUAAAGUUACAGCUGUGGGAUGGCAUAUUGAUUGAUGCCCUAUUCAUAUCUAAAACAAACAAACUUGCAGCCCAUAGAGAAUUAACCUGCUGUGGAAAUGGACUGAGCCUAGCCUUCUUUGUAAUUUGUUCAUGUUCUGUGUGCUAGGAGGGGAUUUUUUUUUUAAUAUGGAGAAGCAUUGAAACACAUCUCCACUUAGAGUCUGGUUACAGCAGAAGAGCUGGCCACGUGAUUCCGCUAACCAAUCUCUGCUUGGGGAGGGAUGGACUAUAGCUCAGUGCUCUGCUCAGUGGCAGAGCAUGUUUUUCAUUCAUAAAAUCCCAGGUUCAGUCCCUGGCAUCUCCAGUUUAAAAGGUCUUAGGUAACAGAGCUAGGAAAAACCCAAACAAUAAAAUACUACUACAACAAAUAAUAUUUAUAUAUAGUUGGGCCUCGAUAUUCAGUUUCAUUAUCCGCAGAUUCACGUAUCUGCAGCCAGAUAAAAUAUACCUGACCUCAGCAUACGUGCAGUAGGGGGAACACGUUGACCUCGUGCAUCUGUGGGGCGGGAGGUCGUUUCCAGCUGCCAUUUGGGGUCUAAGAGCCUCAAAAUGGCUCAGUUUUAAUAACACACGCACAAAUGGCGAUUUUAGGCCAAUUUGCGGGCAUUUUUAGCCAAUUUGUGGGCACAACAUGACUCAGCGGGGAGCAGCAGAGCAUGGUCAGGAGCUUCCCCCUGCAUUUCCCCCCCAAAUUUGACUGAUUUGGGGGGGGGCAAUUUUCGAUAAUUUUCCUGAUGACUGGGAACCUAACCCCUACAAUCCCAUAGCCCCAAUGCUUCGAUAUUCGUGGUUUCUGUAUCUGUGGUUGCAGCCAGGAACAGAACUACUGUGAAUAUUGAGGUCCUCUUGUACCACUUUUCUCAAAGAAGUUUCCACAGAAAAAUAAAUAAUAAAGAUGCUUCCCUGUACCCAAAGGGCUUACAGUUUAAAAAGAGACUGAGCCAGAUGAAUCAUUCUGUCAAAUAUCCCUUCAUAUAUUAGUGUUUCAUAAUGGAAAAGCUGUAUACACCUACAAAGUUAGCCUUUGAACCUGUUCAGCUACAGUGUUAUGCCUAUCAGAUUGCAACAAGUUUCUUUCCUGAAUCCUUCCAGCAUCUUCUAGAAGCAGAACAUUUAGCUCAAGGUGAUAGGUCAAGUUCUUUAGUUCUACGUGCAUGUGUGCUCACAACUACAAUGAAACUUGGAAUUUGGCCUUUAGGUAAAGAUGUUGACAUGACGGGUUUUAACAAGAUGCACUCAACUUAAGUCUUUGCACAACCUUUUUUAAUAUGCAAAAGUAAGAGAGCAUCUUUCUCUCAAAUGGUUGAGUAUAUUGGCUUAUUGAGGGGUGUUUUCAAGAAAUGUCUCAUCUCAACCGUCACAUUUUUCAUUUGCAGUCAAUAGCUUUGUUACUCUGUCCAAGAAACAAACAAAAAAAAACACCUUGUUCAUAUACUUGAUAGAAAAAGUGUUUCUCCCAAUUUCCCCUGUAAUGUUUCAGAAGAGAGAUCUAUAGAAAGGCAACUGUGGAUAGUAUCGGUGCAAAAUUCUGUCUGGUUAACCAUGGGAACUCAGCAGAAACAAUCUUCUAUGUUGAAAUGAAAUGUUUCUUUUUCUCUUGAAAGAAAAAGUGGCAAAACAAAUUCCAGAAGUGUGUUGUGCUUGGGUGUGGUGGUGUGUGGUUUGUUUUUUCUUCUGCAAAUAAAAUGAGCAGAGUCCGGUAUUUUGUGCUACUUUGGGCUCUGCUAUUUCAUGACUACAAAAAGGGGUUCUAUAAAUAUUACUUCUAGAAUUAUAUUUAUUAUGUGAAUAAUAAGUGAAAAUCAUGUAUCUAGCUGAAGAAAAGCAAGUUCUCCCCACCAGUAUCAUGUUGCAGUGAAUAGCGAGAUUUAAUCUUCCAUGUUGUCGUAAAAAAGGGGGGGGGGAAUAAUUUAUAAAGGGGUGAAUUUUUGUUUGUGACCGGUUGACUGUCUCAAGGGGCAGGGAGCACAGUCCAGCAGCAUUGGUCAUUACUAUGUGCCACUGAAAUAUAUGGACUUAAUUUGUUGCGAGCCUCAAUUAAUUGCUUUUAAUGGGACAGUCGUGACUGAUUUGCUGUAUCUGUAGGCAGUGUGCUUCUUUAGGCAAAGACCCUGACCACAAAACCUUUGCUCUUUAGGCAGAGGAGCAGAACUGAAUUGCCCUUGUGUUCUAGAAGAAGCAUUCAUGUCAGCAUUUGACUAGAGAACUACCAGUAGCUUCUUCAGUUCUGGAUGGAACAUAUUUGGCUCUCAAAUGCCCAUUGCUGCUUUGAAAUAAUUGCAGUUAUUUUCCACUUGGCAUUCCUACUUCCAUGCCUUGGAUUUCUUUUUAUUUUACAGUCUAUGGAUGGCCUCACACCUUUUGUGAUCUGUCAGUAGAAACUCUUCUUCAUGGGAAGAGCUUCCACUGAUGACGCACUAGUGCAGAUACUACCCCUUAUAGAGAACUUCCAUGUUUUUAAACAUGUCUACUGGUCUCCAUUCAGGGUGGAAUUCUGAAGUUAAUUGGAAACUAGCAAUAUUCCAUUUCCAUGUAUUAGCCAGAUCAGUAAAAUGUAAAUAUCUUUUCUCUUCAAGAUGUCCAAUUCCUAGAAAAAAUAAAAUUACCCUAUGAUCUCCUUACUUAUAAGGAAGUUACUAAUCCAAGUCUACCAAAAUCUAACAGCCCACCUGCUCAGACCAGUUUGUUAGUCAUUUGUGCCACAUUAAUGGCCUGAAACCCGUGCAGGGAGACACGCUUCCAGUGUACAAAUGCUUUUCUAAAUCAUCACCUGGAAAUACUUUUUAGGCAAUGCAGCUUAGAAUUUUUCUUUGUUGCAUCUAGAUGAAUAGGCAUGGUGGUGAACGUUUUCUCUUCCUGCUACAAUUCAAAUGGAGGAUGUUCUCUUGGUUGCAAUCUUUGAAAUGCAUGAUUCUUGAUACUAAAAGGUACUCAUCUACUCUUGAGUUGACAAGGGAGUGUGAAGAAUCUAGCAGGCUCCCUACCCCAUGCCUUUCUAUUGAAGUAUGAUACUUCACAUCCUAUAAGGAAGUAUUUUAUUUAAAAUGUUCAUAAAAGCAUUUGCUAUAAAUAUACCACAAUAGAUUUGCAUCUGAAACCUUACAACUGAACUGUAUGCUGCAGUUUUACAUUCAACACAACUAUAUCUUCAGUUAAGAGUUGUUAGUGAGGCUCUUAACCUGGCACACACAUCAGCUAACCAAAUUGUUCUCUGGAUGAACUACAUUCACUGAAUAUCAUUUUAGAUAAUAAGCAUUUUAUCAAUAAUACACUAAGACUAGAAUUGUAAACACACUAGGGAAUAAUCCCUAUAUGAACUCAGUGGGACUUGCUUCUGAGUAAGCAUACUUAGAAUUGCAUGACACAUUUCAUUUAGCAUAAGAUGGUUGAAGAUGCUAUUAAGUGUUCCCAGGGUCUCUAGAAAGACCUUUCUUUUCUGCUUUCAAUAAGACUGCCUAUUCUUGCCAUGUUUCUCCCAUAAUCCUCAGCAGCUUUAUUAAAUUUGCAUAACCAACUAAGUUAUUGGUGUAGAGAGGUGCAGCUUGGAACACCCCUUGCUUUUAACAAAGAGAUGUGUUUAUGUGGCAGUGUGCAUGUUUAUCCAUACAUAUCCUGAUCUGCAUUCAACUUACGUUCUGCUUGCAAGAGAUCUUGAGAGAACAACACGGUUGUGGUUUAGUGUCUUCAAUAUGUAAUCAGAAAUAGAUAUUUUUGUAAAGGACACUUUCCCAUGCACUCCGUUUCCCUCUAGAGGUUCUCCUUGCCUUCUCUCUAGUGCUCACACAAGUAGUCAUCUAGUGUGCAUUUCAAAAGGAGUUACUCAGUGUCUCAGAUAAGAUCGAACAGCGCAAACAUUUCUGGCCCCUUGUGUCCCCCUUGCUUGGGUUCAGCUGUCUUUCCUUCAUCCCAUAGAUUUGCCAAUGUACAAGGGUUGAAAUCCUGCAGGCAGUAUGACUGUGAAAAAAGCUCAUUUCAGAGGACUGCUCAGGAUUCCAGCCCAAGCCGUGUUGAAAUGAGUGACUGUUGUGUGGCCGACUACAGGGCCCGAUGGGCUGCAGCCCUAAUCUCCAGCUGCUUACAUUUCCUUCUCCCUCCUCCUUCCUUUCUGGAUCAUGGAUUUAUAUCAACAGCUGAGCCUAUAAAGAUCCCCAGCUGCUUAUAUUCAGGAGGAGGCAAAUAUAUAUUUUUGUAAAACGUAGUAAUUGUGUUGAGCUUUUGCAUUUUUAAAAUACCACCUCUUUUGCAUCUUUUAUGGUUGUUUUCCUGAAGCUCAGAUUUGGUACAAAUUGGCUUUUCUUGGGUAUAUGUUUUACUUUGUAAUGCUGGAGUAUUUUGGCAUUCUGUACAGAAACUCUUUUUGUAAUUAUUGUAUAAAUGCUUUAUUAAACGUAUACAGCUGGUAUUUUAACAAGUGAGCAGGAACUGCCUAUGUAUUUACUGCACCUUUUAAAAAGACUGUUACAUAAUAAAAUAUUGUACAUAUUAAAAUAUAUACCUCUUGUGUACAGAUGUGAUAGACCAGACAAUUUAUUUUUGUGCUUUUUUUUUUUUACAGAAUAUUAAUACACUAAAAGUCUUGCUGAUGUGAUUUUAUGUACUCAUGUAACUUAUUUACGUCUGGAUGUUCCAUUGUAUCUUUUAAAGCCUUUUUAUUAAAUAAGAUUUAAAAGCA